AUGCCGAAGUCUUGGAAGGAUGGUCUUCGUGUUUGGAGAGGCGUGUGUAAGUACAAUUCGUACGAAGAGCUGAAGAUGAGCUCUGACACCAAGGUCCGUGAAAUCCAAGGCCAGGAGCGUUACAGCCUUGCGAAGGGUACACCUGAAAGCCAGGACACUAAGGACGACAGUUACGUGACGCAGCACGCCGAAUGGUUCAAGCCUAAGACUGCAGCGAGUGGAGGCAUUACCGUUGGUGGAAAGUCGCAAAUACCAAUUGAAGCAGUUGACAUGGUCCAGAUCCUGAUAUGUGACUCCAAGUGGACUGAGCGGACGCUAGUACUCCACAAUGGCCACCUUGCUCCCAAAUAG